AUGCUCACGCAGCUCCCGGGGGCCAUGUUGAUUCAGCGACUGCCCGGAGGUGCAGCCACGGUGCUUGGCAUUGGCGUGUUCAUCCAGAGUGUGGGAACAACGUGCACCGCAGCCUUGGAUUAUGUCGCCGACUCGAAGGUGGCUCUUGGCAUCCUCUGUGCUAGCCGUGCACUGGUCGGACUCGGAGAAGGCCUGGGCGUCCCAGCCAUCGGUGCCUCCCUCGGCCGACUGCCGGACGAACGGCGCUCCUCUGGAACCUCCGUGGUGUUCGCUGGAUCCACCACAGGCGUUGGGCUAGGUCUUCUGGCCUGUCCCUUCCUGAUUGAGCAGUUUGGUUGGCCCUUCGUGUUCUGGGCCUUCGCCAGCGCAGGACUCGUCUGGACUGGCUGGUGGGCCUUCAUCUCUAGGGAUCAGAACACCGAGACAAAGGAGCAGGAAGGCGCCGUGCCCUGGCAAGAGAUCCUGCAAAGCAAAGGCGUGUGGUCUGUGGUAGCAUGCCACUCCAUGAGCAACGUGGCCUUCUACUCUCUGCUGACAUGGAUGCCGACGUUCUUUAGCAAAGGAGCCGGCCUUAGCAUGGAGGCAGCUGGCGUUUGCGCCUUCCUUCCGUAUCUCUUUGGUGCCCUGGCAAGCCCAUUGGUUGGGCAGCUGGCGGACAAGUUGCUCAAAGACGGCUCCUUGGCGCAGAAGUCUGCGGACAGAGCCGGGCUCUUCUGCACCCACGCCGACCUCAGCCCGCGCUAUGCCGGUGUAUCCUUGGCUACAAACGAGGAUUGA